GAUACCUCGUCAGGAAAUCGCGACUUUCCCAUCCCGCUGUAGUAAUACACCGAAAGCGACGAUGACGCGAAAUGAUGACAAACCGAUGAGGUCAUUUGUUGCUCCCGACUCUUGUUUGAAUUUGUUAACGCUCGUAAACGGACGCUUUAAUAAAAUCUCCAGCGCAAAAUGAAGUGGAAAAACGAAAUACCCAAUAAAACGGAAUUCAUGAAAAUCAACAGUUUUCAUUUCAUCGAAUGCGAAAAGUUUCAUAGUGAACUAGUGCACGAGGAAAACGCCGGCAAAUUUUCCGGGGAUGGCGGUCAAAGAAAAGAGGUUAAAGAAACAAGACGUUGUGAUAAACAAGCACAAUCCGACUGUGAAAACAAAGAACGGACCAUGAGUGAGAUUAUAACCUUGACGAAGUCACAAACUGACUUUACAGGAUCAUCCCCUAAAAGAUACACCACCAAGUGCUUUAUUAAACCAGUUACGACCCCUGUCUGGUAUACAGAAUCGUUGUUUUUGAAUAUCGAUUCAAGCAAACGCAAAUACAAUGAGAAAAUUUAUUUCAAGGAGAAAUUGUUGCCAUUCAGAUGGUCCGAAAGUAUGAUUACGGAAGUGAAGACUGGCCCAAAAUGUAUUUAUUCCGAUCUGGUCAUUCCCGUUGAUGAUUGUAGGGACGAAGUUCAUUAUAUUUCGCUAGAGCCUCAGCAGCGUUCUGUCAAGUCAACUGAUUUAUAAUUUAAACUCUGUGAUUUAAUAAAACUGUUGAAAAUCUA